AUAAAUAGUGGAUCCGCCUUCUUUGAAUAUCAUUCCAUCACCUGAAAUUUCUCUGGACCCUUCUUGUUCCCGAGUCUAGUUCCUUCUACCUUGCACUCUCUUCUCAAUAGUAAACGCUAUAAUCGGAUCACAUGGAGCUGAAACACAGAAUUACCAAAGGAGGACAAGAAGAAGAAAAGGAAGUUGUCCAAACAGCAGAACAGAAAGAUAGAGAAAUGGACAGAAGCAGCAAAACAACAAGAAGACAGAAAGCCAAACGUGGCCUCAAAUCUUUGGGAAUCGCCUUGACCUUACCUUUGCUAUUAACCCUUUUAGACAUCUCUUUCUUUGGGUCCAGUUACCAGUACGUUUCAAUGGAGAAACCCUUUUGGAUCCCACGUUUGUGGGCUUUGCACUUAGCUUGCUUGGGUUCUGCUUUUCUGAUGGGCCUUUCUGCUUGGCUUGUUUGGGCUGACGGUGGAUUUCAUCGCCAGCCUAUGGCUAUGAUCUUGUACUUAAGCCAAUUGGGGUUGAGUUUGGCUUGGGAUCCUGUGGUGUUUAAGGUUGGAGCUACUAAGAUAGGGUUGGUUUUGUGCAUGGCUUUGUUUGGAGUGUUGAUUGCUUGUGCUAGGGCUUUUAAAAGCGUGAAUCCUAUAGCAGGGGAUCUGGUAAAACCAUGCCUUGGAUGGGCUGUGAUUCUGAGUCUCGCAAAUCUGAAGCUUGUAUACCACUAGGAAUCAUGUAGAUGCUAUACGCACUUGUUCUUUUGCCUGUAAUGUAAUGUACUGUAAUUUAGAUCUACUUGUAUUCUGUAUUUGCUGCUUUAUAUUUUACAUCCUAAAAUGCAUGGAAUGAAAGAUCUUAUAAAUUUUCAUGGCAUGA